AUGGGAUUCCUUGGGCUCCCACAACUACGCUACCAUUCGCCAUGGGUGCAGAACCUCAUCUCUGGUGUCGGGGUUGGCGCCUCAGCUGGAAUAUACGUCGCACUGAAUCUCCUCGGAGCUGGAGGCGGAAGACCCGAUUCUGCUCAAGUCGUCCAAGUGGUUAACGCAACGCUUUGCGCCGUGUGGUUCUUUAGCUCGUCUUUUGGAGGAUCGAUUCUCAACAAACUAGGACCUGGACUCACCAUGUGCCUUGGGGUUCAAACUUACGCUGUGUACGUUGGCAGCCUGUGGUACUAUGAUGAGACGGGCAAAAAAGGAUAUCCUUACGCUGCUGGACCAAUCAUCGGGAUCGGGGCUGGCAUGGUCUUCAUUACUGCAGGUUAUGUUGCGACCGGGUACCCGGAAGAGAGAGAAAAGGGCAGCUACGCGACGAUUUUGAUGAAUAUGCAAGCGCUGGGAUCGGUCAUCAGUGGCAUCAUUCCCGUCAUCAUCAACCGCAACUCUGCGACAGUCGAAGGAGUGCCACGAUCAGUCUACAUCUCGUUCAUCGUCAUCAUGAUCAUUGGUGGCCUAUUUACGCUUCUUUUGUUGCGACCACAAAAACUCACAAGAGAUGAUGGCUCAAUUGUGGCUGUUGACCCUCCCAGAAGCGCUUGGGAAGAGUUGCGUUCUAAUCUUCUAAUCUUUACAGAUCCGGUCCUACUUAUGAUGGUGCCUGCGUUCUUGCCCUCAGAGGGGUUCUUGGUGUACAGCGGAUCGGUGAAUGCAUACAACAACAAUCUCCGCACACGAUCGCUUCUCUCGUUCAUUGCUGUUGUACUACAGAUCCCUGCCGGGUGGGCCCUUCAAGCGAUUCUUGACUACCCGGGUUGGGGUCGUCGCAAGCGCGGCAUGGUCGGUCUUACGUAUUGGGUCGAGCCGAGAUUUGGCUGGAUCUUCGUACUCUUUAUGCUUAACUGGGUAUUCUCACAGCUCUGGCACAACAUCGUCUACUACUGGAUCGGCGCCCUGACCAACUCGCCGCAAAAGCUCACUCAUUACGUAGGCGUCUUCCGAGGUGUACUUGGUGCCGGUGAAGCGAUCGUGUUCGGCCUCGACUCCAUAAAGAUUCCAUACAUUGCCGAGGCCGGGGGUAUCUUGCUAUUCUAUGUCAUUGGCAUCUGCGUCUUCUACUAUUUGGGCAUAUACCACAUGAAGGACACCAACUACGACCGUGCUGAGGAGGGAGCAGUUGUGCCGAAUCAUGUCCUGCAGGGCGAAGGCCUGACACCCGGACAAAGGGCACGAGAUGCUGAAGGAACUGCAGGACACGAGGGAAACCAAAGAGAGGAUGUUCACGUCAAGGGAUGA